AUGGCCGCUGUGUGGACCUCGCGCGUGCGCGUGGCGCAGAAGCUCGUGCGUGGAGCGCGUGCUUUGCACCAGCUGCCACCUGCACCACCUGUGCUAGCAGAAGGAUGCGAGCCGUUCCUAUCGAAGCGCACCGCGUCGCUGCUGUGGACCCAGUGGCAGGCCGGGCUCCUGCAGCGACUCAACGACGAAGUCAAAGGCACGCCGAAUGCGACAGAAUCGGUGGUCGAGACGGUGCUGAGCACGGCGCGUGACCGGUCAAAAGUGCUUGCGUUCAAUAGCGCAUCCCUCGCGCUGAACAACAGUUUUUUCCUCACGGGUCUUGUGCCGAAAUCAAGGCAGCCGAAUGCAGACUAUGCACAGCCAUCGACGCAUGCCGGCGUGGUCCCUACAUUCUACGGCAAGACGCUGGCCACUGCGAUUGCCGACCAGUACGGCUCGCUCCCGCAGCUGAAACUCGCGUUUGCAUCGGCUGCCAUGGGCACCGUCUCGAACGGAUAUAUAUGGCUUGUGAAGGACGAGCACGGACGGCUUGGCAUUGUGCCGACGUUUGGCGCAGGCACCGUCCUUGUCCACCAGCGCCAGCAGCGCAUGCCGCAGGGCUUGGAAGGGAGUGUCCAGGACGGCCAGCAAGAGGAGGCUACAGACACAAAAGAGGAACCACGCACACCGAGCCGCUUUGACAGCCUUGCACACGCCUCCGGCUCCGGCGUGCUUGGGGACCAGCUAUACCCCUUGUUCUGCGUGAGCAUCUUCGAGCACGCAUGGCUCGGCGACUACGGAUUUUGGGGAAAAGAGCGCUACUUGACCAACUUUUGGGAGUGUGUCAACUGGGAGCGCGCCGAGCAGCUUUGGGGCGCAGACCCUUCGCCCACAUUUAAACGCACGCGGCCUCUCCGCAGUGCCACGAUUGACACAGACGUCAAGUCCCCUUCAAAUUUCCGCAUUACGUCCACGCUAGCAACCAGUGCGGGCCGCGCUGCAGCGUAUGCGGCACAGAGCAUCGUCGAAGCAAUGGCACGCUCCUUUUCUCCCACAUUCCAGCACGCGGCGUCGCUAUUCGACUCGCCGACUACCUCCUCGCCGAGCCAGGUGGUCUCGUUUACCGACAUGAUCGGCGAGCCCACUGCAUCCCCCGGUGUACAGCUGCACGCAAAACAGCGCGCGGCCGUCGCGGCACUGCACAAGCCGUCGCGGCGGAAUAUUUCAAGCACGGAACGAUUCCAGCGCGCAGCGCCGUCCAGGGCCGAUAGCGACGGCGCGCGGAUUCGUGUGGCUUCGCGCGGCCACGAAGAGAUUGUUGCGCGGCACACAUUUGGCCCUGCUAAUGAUUCUGUAGGCGAGCACACAAUACCGAUGGGCUCGGCGAUUUUCGCGCCGCAGGCGCGACGCGGCGCAUUGUAUCUACACGCCGAUCGCCCUCGUCGGCACGCGCGCGCCCAAGGACAGCGCGUGUGGCUUGACGAUCUGCGGCACACAUUCAAAACGCUCUUGGGUGCUCUGCGUGCGAUGCUGCACCCCCGUCAGCUGCUCACACGCCAAAUGCUGUACUGGGACGAGGCUUUCCGCGACCCCGAAACCGGCGCGCGAUCAUGGAAUCCUCCGUGGUUUGAGGCGUACAUCCCGUUUAUCAUCUGGCUGGGGGUGAGUGUAACGAGUACGGUGAUUGUCGUCAUCUUUCAUACGGCGGUCUUUAGCACGCUGGACGCCUUGUCGGUAUCGCUGCGCGAGUGGGGCGUCGUGGGGCGCAUAUUGUUUGGCAUCAUGAUAUUUUUGACCACGUUUCCUCCGCUGCCGCUUUACUCCACGCUUGUAAUCCUCUCUGGGUUUGCGUUUGGGAUGUGGCAGGGGUUUGUUGUGAGCUAUGUCGCGGCGCUGCUCGGCGCACUUGUGGUGUUUGUCUCGAGCCGCUCGCUUUUGCACAGCUGGAUGGUGCGCCUGAUGCGGCGCAGCGGCGGGCUCGGCAAGGUAGUGCGUGCGAUUGAAAAAGCGCCCAAGCUCUUGUUUCUUGUACGCUUGGCACCGUAUCCGUACAAUCUACUCAACGUGCUCCUCGCGAGCUCGAGCGUACUGUCAUUGCGCACAUAUAUGAUAUGCACCGCACUUGCACUGCCAAAACUAAUUGUGCAUACGGCGCUGGGAGCAUCGAUCAAAAGCUUUGCCGAAUACGAGAGCACACCAGGGGCCAGCGACGCCGAGCAGUCCUCUGCAAAAUCAAUGAAGCACGCAGCGGGUUUUGUUGGGAUCGCGCUUUGUAUUGGCAUCUUUUUGUACCUUUACGGCGCCACGGCACGCGCUGUGGACGACUUGGACGACAAGCAAGAAUACGAGUUACUCUCUCACGAUACGGACGAACUACUUUCUUCCGACGACUUGGAAUACGAGCCGCAAAGCGCGCCGGUGCUGCCGGCAACUCCGACGCCAAGCAAGCCCCAUACGUCGAUGCCCAUGGCGGGACCGUCUGGCGCGACGCCGGUAUCGUACGCCGCAUACCCCAUGUUUCAAACAGACACUCCUGCGUACGCACCGAGCCUCUUGGCGCCGGCAAACCACCAGCCGUUCCGACACCACGCAAGUGUCUCAAUUGCGGACCAAAUCGCCGCAAUGGAGCGCGUGGCUGAGGAUGGGCAUGGGCAGGGCACGGAUUUUAUUUAA